UGUUGUGUGAAAAGAACUGAAAUUAUGUUCGAGCUUCCGCCUUCGACUUUGCAAACGAUUUUGCAACUGAUUGUUAAUUCCCACUUCGUAAAGGAAAAUUACUGCACUGUUAUUUAUUAUGAUCGCAAUUUGAGGGAUGCUGCAAGGAAGUGUGACCGUUAUUGUGAGUUCCUUGAGUCUGUUGAAUGGGCCUUUCAAUCUCUGGAAAAUGGUUACAAUUCCGUUAUAUGGAUUUCGGAAGACAGUUUCAUUAAUCUGGAAAACGCUAUUGAAAAUGGAUGUCAAUCUUAUAUUGUAGCGACUAGAAACAUUGCACAUUUCUUCGAUUUGAAGAUGAUUCUGAAAAAUAAAUCAAAGCAGCGAAUACGGGAUAAAAAUAUACUAGUGUUCGAUGAAUAUGGAUCAUUUCCCUUGACGGACGUACAAAAGGAAGAGGUUUUAAAAUUUUUUCCCAACCUUUGGUUUAUGGUCCCAUCCGAUGGCAACUUCAACUUUUUCACCCACGACUACAGUCGAAUUCCUGGGGAAAUUUAUUUGGGCAACGUAUUCAAUGUAACCCGGAAUGAGUUCACAUCCCUGAUACCAAUAUUCUAUGAUAAACUAUUCAAUCUCGAAGGUCGAACGCUUCAAUUCGCAUCUACAGAAUAUCUGCCUUACUGUGUGAUGUCGAAUGUCGGUGCUCAUAAUGGAAAUGCGGAUAUGGUAAAUUCAACCUUGAAAAAUGAACUUUAUCUGGAAGGCUUAGAAGGAACACUGGCAGUUGAAUUUUGUCGAAUGAGAAAUUGUAGCCUUCAGGUGACACCUUUUGGUCCUAGUGAUUGGGGAGACAUCUAUGAAAAUGGAUCGGGUUAUGGUGCUAUUUAUUCGAUUUACACCAAUCGAACCGAAUUUGGACUUUGCUGCCUCUAUUAUAACUGGUUCUUGGAUAUUCUCGACGGAAGCCAGUAUACGGUCAAGUCUACGAUAACAACUUUAGUGCCGGCAGCAAAGCUUCUUCCAACAUUUUUGACAGUGAUUUACCCAUUCAGUAAAGCCCUCUGGGUGGCGAUUGCCAUUAUGUUGGUAAUAAUGACAGCGGUUCACCACAUAAUCACAACCCUCAAUCGGAAGCAUAGCAGCGAUCGCGAUGCACCGGAGCCACCUAUUGAGAAGUCAAUCUUCGACAUGAUUUCCAUCUAUUUGGAUCAAGGAAUUUUCCCGAACUCCGUUUCUUCUUCCUACCGAAUUUUGAUAGCGUUCAUAUUGCUUUCCGGAGUUGUUCUCAGCAACAGCUACGCGGGUGCUCUGGCUUGCGUUCUAACGGUACCUCGCUUUGAGAAGUCCAUCGAAACCAUCCACGAGUUUGUAUCAUCUCCGUACAGAUGGGGAGCCCCAGCAAUCGCUUGGAUUUUGUCUCUCUUCGGAGCGAAUUCGUCGGACAUCAAGGGAGUGAUUAACAAGUUCGAUUUGAGCCCGGAUGAAGAAUGGCUCUAUCAGCAGACGCUAACCGGACAAUUCGGUGUUGGAGUUGAGCUUUUGAAUGGAGGCAACUAUGCUUUCGGGUCGUUCGUACGUAGGGAUAACGUGCAUUCGUUUGAAAUUCUUUCGGAGGAAUUCUACUUCACCUAUACCAUUGGGUAUUCUCAAAGAGGUUGGCCCCUGAUGGAGUAUUUCAACAAGUUCAACCUGGAGGCGAUCCAAUUCGGUUUCAUGACUUACUGGGAGAGGGAAGCUCUGCGGAAGUAUGCUGACAAUGUAGUGGAACAAGCUCUGUUGAAGGCAGCCUCUAAGCAGACAAAUUCGGAUGAAUUAGCUCCUCUGACCAUGAAUCAUAUUCUUAGUCCUUUGAUCAUAUUGGGAGCUGGGACUUUCGGUGCGUUCCUUAUCUUUGUCGUUGAGUUAAUGUGGAAGCAAGUUAAUCCAGCGGUUUUAAGAUGUUACAAUCGAGUCAAUAGGAUCUCUAAAAUGGCAUUUUAA